AGCGCACUUGCCGGGUGAGCGAAGGAGGUGCUCGGCAAUGAGGAAGGGGAGCGUCCGCGGAUGAGGAAACCACGGCUCACAGAGACUGGUGACUUGCUGAGGACCACACAGCUAAUAAAUGGCAGAAGCAGCGCUGGAGCUUGCCCACAAGAUGGAACCUGACUACCUGAAAAGGUGCUUUGGAAAUUGCCUGGCCCAGGGACUCGCAGAGGUGGCGAAGGUUCAGCCCAGUGACCCCAUAGAGUACCUGGCCCAUUGGCUUUAUCAUUACAGGGAAACCACUAAAGCAAAAGAAGCGGAUAGACAAGAGAAGAUCCGGCUGAAGGAAGAGUAUGAUAAUAGCCUCAAGGAAACUCAAAGGACAGAAAUGCUGAAGCAGGAAGAAUGUCAGAUUCAACAGGAGUAUGAAAAGUGUCACAAGCCACUGAUGUCUAUAGCUAGUUCCACAAAGACCAUCUUCAUGCAGGAGAACACAAAACCCCUUGAAAAGGAGGCCCUGAAGCAGGAAUCCCUGCCAGCCACUUCCAAUAUGCUUCCAGGAAUGUCUCAACAGAACCUUUCGCCUGAUUCAUCUGGACAGACGGACUGGAGUGUUGACUCACAAGAAAUAAAUUACUAGGCUUUUUAGCAUAGUAAAGAGCUCCGAAAAUGCAUGCUGGCUCCCAAUCUCCUUCUUAGGUUAUCAGAAUCAUUAGCAUCAUGGUUCUAAUGAUGCUUCUUUCAAAGCUGCAAGCCUAGAAAAUGGCCAUCUAGAAGAGCUCUUAACUAAAGAUGAUAACUAUGUGAAUUAAACCAAGAUUUGAGGGGUUGUGGAAGGGGAAGUGUCUGCAGAGACUCUCUACCCCAAGUCCUGUUCUGAUAGCCAUGAAAAAUCCUUAAUCAUGUCAAAAUUUGAACUAGUUAUAGGAUAAAAUAAACUCAUAAUAAGGAUUUAAAAUAAGUAAACAAACUGAUGAUACUUUUUCCUCUUAUUUUAUCAUUUUUUCGUGACUAGACAA